UUUUCGAUGAUAUAAUAAAAUUUCAAAACGUCGGUAGAUACAGAGAGAAAACUCUUUUGUAUUAAUGAAGAAGCAAAUUGAUACGACAUUCAAUUUUUAAACACGUAGUAGUCGACAUCUUCUCCUUAUCAUAAACACAAAACGUUCACUUUCCUUUAGCCCUAUUCCCAUUUUUCUCAUUUCAUCUUUAACAACCUUUCAUUGCUAUAUAUUCAUCAUAGUCACACAAACCCAUUUAUCUCAUAAUCUCUCAGCUUUUAGAAACCAUGGCGUUUCUAAGAACCAAUAGCCUUUCUUUCUUCCUCUUCACGGUACUCCUCUCUUUCUCUACCUUCUUUACCGAUGCAAGGAGGUUUGAAGUCGGAGGGAGCGGCGCGUGGGUUCCAAAUCCGCCGGAAAAUUACGGAUCUUGGGCUGGAAAGAGCCGUUUCGUAGUACACGACACACUCUAUUUCAGCUAUGCUAAGGGAAUGGACUCGGUGCUAGAGGUGAACAAGGCUGAUUACGACGGAUGUAAUACCAAGAAUCCUAUCAAGAAAGUUGACGACGGAGAUUCUGAGAUCUCGCUUGAACGCUCUGGUCCAUUUUACUUCAUCAGUGGCAAUGAAGAUAACUGUAAGAAGGGACAAAAGCUUACUGUCGUUGUCUUGUCCGUUAGAACUCCGGCUCCUCCUCAAGCAGCAUCACCGGGAAAAUCUCCUCCGGGAUCAAUUCCACCUAAGUCUUCUUCCCAUGUUUCUCCGGCCACUUCUCCACCCGCACACACACCACCUAAAUCCUCUUCCCCUGUUUCUCCGGCGACUUCUCCACCCGCACCUACGCCACCUAAAUCUUCUUCCCCUGUUUCUCCGUCUUCUGCUCCGGUGACUUCUCCGCCGGGAUCAAUGCCACCUAAGUCUUCUUCCCAUGUUUCUCCGGCGACUUCUCCACCGGCACCUAUGCCACCUAAAUCUACUUCCCCUGUUUCUCCGGUGACUUCUCCACCGGGAACAAUGCCACCUAAAUCAUCUUCAUCCCCUGUUUCUCCGGCGACGUCUCCACCGGCACAUACACCACCUAAAUCAUCUUCCCCUGUUUCUCCGUCUUCUUCUCCAGUGACUUCUCCGCCGGGAUCAAUGCCACCUAAAUCAUCCUCCGCUAAGUCUCCGGCAACUUCUCCACCAGGUUCAAUGGCACCUAAAUCUUCCUCUCAUAUGUCUCCGUCGACUUCUCCACCCGCACCUAUGCCACCUAAAUCCUCUUCCCCUGGUUCUCCGUCCUCUGCUCCGAUGACUUCUCCGCCGGGAUCAAUGCCACCUAAAUCCUCAUUCCCUGGUUCUCCGUCAUCUUCUCCGCCGGGAUCAAUGUCACCUAAAUCAUCUUCCCCUGGUUCUCCGUCGUCUUCUCCGGUGACUUCUCCGCCGGGUUCAAUGCCACCUAAAUCUUCCUCCGCUGGUUCUCCGGCAACUUCUCCGGUGACUUCUCCGCCAGCUCCUCCGUCGUAUGCACCGGGUUCUUCACCGCCGGGAUCAAUGUCACCUAAAUCAUCUUCCCCUGUUUCUCCGGCAACUUCUCCGGUGACUUCUCCGCCAGCUCCUCCGUCGUAUGCACCGGGUUCUUCACCGUCAGGAUCAAUGGCACCAAAAUCUUCUUCCGCCGGAUCCCCAUCUUCGUCUCCCGCAGGAUCUCCUUCCUCUGUUUCUUAUUCGCCGUCAGAUUCUCCGUCAGCAUACUCGCCGUCGGAGAUGGGUCCCUCGGGAGAUGCCCCGUCAGGUUCGGCGAUGGGUCCUUCCGGAGAUGCUCCCUCAGCCUCGGCGAUGGGUCCCUCCGGAGGUGCUCCGUCAGGUUCGACGGUGGGUCCGUCUGCCUCCGGUGAAAUCACUUCGCCGGCGGAAGCUCCAGGCGAGAAAAAGUCCUCUGCGAAUGGUAUGGCCGUUAUGUCGGUAACUACAGUUUUAAGUCUGGUUAUAGCCAUGUUUAUGUCAGCUUAAGAACAUUUGGAGGCUAGUUUCAUUUCGAGUCUCUACUUUAUUUUUAUUUUUGUUAAUUGUUUUUCGGAUUCCAUCGUAAUUAUGUAUUAUUGAGUAUAGUUGGAUAACUUGGAUUGUUGUUUUGUUAUAAUAAAUAAGAGUCACGCUAUUGUGUU